AUGGUCUUCGCUUCAGCAGCAGAGAACGAGGGGGCCCCCGAAGGGGGCCCCCAGGCAGCUACAUCUGCUGCUGCAACUCCUGCUGCAGCAGCUCCUGCUGCAGCAGCUCCAGCUGCAGCAGCUCCUACUGCAGCAGCCCCUGCUGCAGCAGCUUCUACUGAAGCAACGCCUGCUACAGCAGCUCCAGCUGCAGCAGCUCCUGCUGCUGCAUCGGGCCCUGCUGCUCCCGUUGUUGCUGCAGCAGCUCCUGCUGCUCCUGUUUCUGCUGCUCCUGUGGCUGCGCCUGCACCGCCAGCUGCUUCUGCUGCUGAGGGGCACCCUCAAGGGGCCCAUGCCGGUGCAGGUGCCCCUGCAGCAGCAGCAGCUUCUACACACAAGCAGCAGCCUGUAGCAGCAGCACCAGCAGCAGCAGCACCGGCGCCACCUUGGGUAUCUGGGGCCCCCCUGCAUGCAGAGAGUUCAGGGGCCCCAGGGUAUUCAUACCCUCCUAAUGGAGCAGGGGGUCCCCCGGGGCCCCCCCCCUUUGCCUUUUACCCAUAUGCUGCUCCCCCGUACGUCCCUGCAGCAUAUACACCCUAUGGAUACACCUGGGGGCCCCAUGGGGGCCCCUAUAUGCAGCUUCCUGCUGCAGUAGGACCCUUUCCAGCAGCACAAGUGUACGCGCCGUCUGCUGCUACUGCUGUGCAGCAGCAGCAGCAGCAGCAACAACAGCAGCAGGAACAGCCGCAGAAGCACGAUCAGCAGCAACAACGCAGCAGCCACGAUGAUGCCGCUCCCACUGAAGCAGCAGCAGCUGCAGCAGCAGCAGCAGCAGCAGCAAGAGAGGAGAAGCUGGCCAAUGGUGUCCGCUUUCUGUCUCACCCAGCGAUAUCUGGCGCUGCUGGAGGGGUUAAGAGAGAAUUUCUGAGGCGUAAAGGAUUUACUGUUGAAGAAAUAGAUGAGGCCUUCGCUCGGCUGCAGCAGCAGCAGCAGAUGCAGCAGCAGCAGCAGCAGAUGGAACAGCUGCAGCUGCAGCAGCAGCAGCAGCAGAUGCACCAGCAGGAGCAAGACCUGCAGCACCGAAGCCCCGAGCACUUCCGAUGCCGCAGGCGAAACAGACGAAGGGCCAGCAGGGAGGCUACUGCUGCCGCUGCUGCUGCUGCUGCUGCAGCAGAACCGGCCCCUGCUGCUGCUGCUCAGCAGCAAGAACGGCUGCUGCAGCAACAGCGAGAGCUGACGGUGCAGGUGCAGCAGCAAACGGAGGCCUUGCGCUCCCUGUCUCAAACGCUGCAUUCCCUGCUGCUGCAGCAGCCGCCGCCGCAGCAGCAGCAGCAGCAAGAGCAGCAGCAAGACCUCACGCCUCGCAAACCGCUCCCUGUGUUUCGGCCGCGGCUUGUGGAGAUGGCUGUUGAAGCGCCCGAGCAGCAGCAGCAGCAGCAACAAGACCAACCAGCUGCUUCUGCAUUUGUCGAAGAAGCCCCAGCAGCAGCAGAUUCGGUAGCAGUAGCAGCAGCAGGAUCUGAGGGCCUAGUAGCAUCCCCACAGCUGUCAUCCGAAGCAGCAUCCGCAGCAGCAACAGCAGCAGCAUUGCAAGCUGCGGCGGAUGCAGCAGCAGCAGCAGCAGCGGCAGAUAGAAGCAGCCUGCAGCAGGCGGUGUCGGAGUUUGCUGCUGCAUGCGCAGAACGCUUGGGGCCUGCGGCUCGGAAGCCGCUAGGCACUCUCCUGCUAAUGCUGAGAAAUUUGCGUUCGGCAGUUACAGCACAAGACCGCCUGCGCUACGGCCGAGUAAACUCCACAGCUCCGCGUUUUAAAGCUGCAUGCGUAGUGCGGGGUGUACAGAUAUUUCAAGGGGACAUUGAGAAGGUUGCAGAGUGCUGCACGCUGUUAGAGAGGGAAUUUGCUGCUGCUGCUCCUGCUACAGCUGCUGCUGCUCCUGCUACAGCUGCUGCUGCUCCUGCUACAGCUGCUGCUGCUCCUGCUGCUGGUAGUGCUGCAGAGCCCUUACAAAACGGAGGCGAAGAGGGCCCCUCUCUUGGUGGCCCCUCAGAUGCCGCCUUUGGGUGGAGUUGCAACACGUGGCUGCCGCAGCAAGGCGAACCGUGGCAUGCCGCAGCAGCAGCAAAAGCAGCAGCAACAACAGCAGCAGUAGCAGGUGCAGUAAAACCCACAGAUAAACAGGCUUCAGAGGCGGUGAUCGAUGUGGAAGCAGCAGCAAAGUCGUCAUAUGAACAUGAAGACCAGCAGCAACGGCAGCAACAGCAGCAAGGACAACUGCAGCAACUGCAGCAGCAACAGCACGAAGACGCCACCGCGCCCAGAGCGGCCGUCGUGGUUGGGGAGGAGGUAUUGCAUGCAGCAGCAGCGGCAAGUGCUUCCGAUGCUGCAGCAGCACAUAGCGAAGAGCCUGCUGAAGGGGAUCCCCCGGCAGCAGGAGCGUCAGCAGCAGCUGCAGCAGCAGAAGAGCCUCAAGGAGCAUUUGGAGCUGGCGGCAGCAGCAGUGACAACGAUGAUGCGGGCAGCAGCAGCGCAGCAGCACCGAGCAGCAGUAGCAGCAACUGCUACAGCACGAACUGCUACAGCAGCAGCAGCAGCAACAGCAGCAGCAACUGCUGCGAGAACAGCAGCAAGAGCAACAGCUGCAGUGGUGUAAGAAGAAGCUCUUGCAUAGAGACGCAGAGCCAGAGUCAGGCUUCUAGGCGUAGCAGCUUUAGGGCUGAUGUUGCUUCUGCUGCUACCAGCAGCAGCAGCACUUCAGUUUCCCCUGUGCCGCUGUCACCUGUCACCUUUCAGCAUGAGCAGCAGCAGCAACAGCAACACCAAAAGCAGCAGCAGCAGCAGAAGCAGGGGCAGGAGCAGGAGGGGUACUCAGCAGCAGACGCAUGCAAUGCAGAAGCCCAGCCGCAGUGCCUGUACACCUACAGCAGCGACACAGCAACGCAGCAAACUAGAGAAGCUUCUCCCGUUGCUGCUGUUGCUGCAGAUAUAACUCAAGAAGCCUUUGGGGCCUCGUGGGCCCCCCCGCAUGCACUGCAAGUUCUGCCGUAG